AAUUAGUUGGUAGAAGUUUACUUGAGGAUGAAAUGGCUGGUAGAAGUUUACCUGAAAAUGAAGCAGUUGGUAGAAGAUUAUCUGAAAAUAUUCUUGACAUUUGUUCAAUCAAAAUAAAGAGUAAUACAACGACUUUUUUUAGUAUGAAUGAAAGAGUACGAGAGACACAACCGCCG